ACCUCACAAAGAUCACACUCCACCCAGCAGAUACAGCUCUUCAGCCAGACAUCAAAGAUCAGAGAUCAGACACCAGACAUCAGAGAGGAAUGAACCAGACCGUCUGCAUCUUCUCGCUCCUGCUGAUAACCCUGCAGAUCUUCUCCUGCUCCGGCUUGGACCCCUGCUGUGCUCAGCCAUGCCAGAACAGCGGACUGUGUGUGUCCAAAGGUUCAGACUCGUAUGAGUGUGACUGCACCAGAACAGGGUACUAUGGAGAAAACUGCACCACCCCUGAACUUUCCACGAGGAUCAGGUCCAUCCUGAAGCCCAGUCCAAACACAGUGCAUCACUUCCUGACGCACUACAAAUGGAUGUGGAACAUCAUCAACAACGUCUCCUUUCUGAGGGACGCUAUCAUGCGCUAUGUGCUCACAUCGAGGGCAAAUUUGGUCGACAGCCCACCAACGUACAACGCCGCCUACGGCUACAAAAACUGGGAGGCCUACUCCAACCUGUCCUACUACACCCGCACUCUGCCCCCAGUGCCCACGCACUGCCCCGGAGCAACUCCGACCCUUCCGGAUGCCAAGCAGGUGGUGGAGAAGGUUCUCCUGAGGAGAAAAUUCAUUCCGGAUCCACAGGGAACGAGCCUGAUGUUCGCUUUCUUCGCCCAGCAUUUCACGCACCAGUUCUUCAAAUCCGACCUAAAGAAAGGACCCGCCUUCACCAGAUCUCUGGGUCAUGGAGUGGAUCUGAGUCAUAUUUAUGGAGAAUCUCUGGAAAGGCAGCACAAACUGAGGCUUUUUAAAGAUGGAAAGCUGAAAUUUCAGGUUGUGGAUGGCGAGGUGUAUCCACCGCUGGUUAAAGACGUUCAGGUGGAGAUGCAUUACCCUCCUCACAUCCCUGAGGUGCACCGAUUCGCUGUGGGUCACGAGGCCUUCGGUCUGGUCCCUGGCCUGAUGAUGUACGCCACCAUCUGGCUGAGGGAACACAACCGUGUUUGUGACAUCAUGAAGGAGGAGCAUCCCGACUGGGACGAUGAGCGCAUCUUCCAGACCACACGGCUUAUUCUGAUUGGCGAGACCAUUAAAAUCGUGAUCGAGGAUUACGUCCAGCACCUGAGUGGAUACCACUUCAAGCUGAAGUUUGACCCGGAGCUGCUCUUCAGCCAGAGGUUCCAGUACCAGAACCGGAUCGCCUCCGAGUUCAACACGCUGUACCACUGGCACCCGCUGAUGCCCGACACCUUCCACAUCCAGCAGCAGGUCUACGCCUACCCCCAGUUCUUCUUCAACAACUCCAUUGUAACCCAGCACGGCAUCGGCAACCUGGUGGACGCCUUCACCAAGCAAACAGCAGGCAGGAUUUCUGGUGGAUGGAAUCUGCCUCCUCCAGUGCAGGGAAUGGCGGCAAAGGUUCUGGAGCACAGCAGACAGAUGCGCUAUCAGUCUUUUAAUGCAUACAGGAAACGCUUCGGUUUAAGGCCCUACACUUCCUUCGAAGACAUGACAGGAGAUAAGGAGCUGGCGGCGGAGCUGGAGAAGCUGUAUGGAGAUGUGGAGCUGGUGGAGCUGUACUCUGGGCUGCUGGUGGAGAAGCCCAGGCCCGGGGCUGUGUUCGGAGAGACCAUGGUGGAGAUGGGAGCUCCCUUCUCCCUGAAAGGCCUGCUGGGAAACCCCAUCUGCUCCCCUGAGUACUGGAUGCCCAGCACGUUCGGUGGCACGGUGGGGUUCGAUAUAGUGAACAGCGCCUCGCUGAAGAAUCUGGUGUGCCUCAAUGUUAAAGGACCAUGCCCUAUGGUGUCCUUCAAAGUGCCUGACGUACAGUUUCCCAGUGUGUCCAGCAGAAACUCCAGCUCGGACCCAUCCGGACACAGCGAGAUCAGUCCCACGGUUUUACUGAAAGAACGGACUUCUGAGCUGUAAAACCCACAAACUGCAAAUCCUGCACCUUUUUAUACACGCUGGUUUUGUCUCGUGUUGAUGACAUCUUUGUUCCUUAACUUAUGAUUAUGUUAAUUUAUUAGACUAUUUAUUUCUGUAUUUAUUUAUUUAUUGAGAAACGGAACUUUUUACAUUAUUUAAUACUAAAUUAUUUGUUCUGUUUUGCAAUGUGUGAAGAGUCUUAAGUUCUAUUUUUUAAUACCUUUAAUGGUGUUCUAAUGUGUGUUUUAUAAAUUAAUUUUGAACCAUUU